ACGGCCAGACACUUGAAAUUUCCGGUAGCCCAGGACCCAAGGGACAACCUGGUGAAUCUGGUUUUAAAGGCACAAAAGGAAGAGAUGGACCAAUAGGCAAUAUAGGCUUCCCUGGAAACAAAGGUGAAGAUGGAAAAGUUGGUGUUUCUGGAGAUGUUGGCCUUCGUGGAGCUCCAGGGUUUCCAGGAGUUGCCGGCAUGAGAGGAGAUCCAGGACUUCCAGGCUCUUCUGGUCAUCAAGGGGCAAUUGGGCCCCUAGGACCCCCCGGAUUAAUAGGACCCAAAGGCUUCCCUGGAUUUCCUGGUUUACGUGGACUGAAUGGGCUUCCGGGAACCAAGGGUACCCAUGGCACUCCAGGACCUAGUAUCACUGGUGUGCCCGGGCCUGCUGGUCUCCCUGGACCCAAAGGAGAAAAAGGAUAUCCAGGAAUUGGCAUCGGAGCUCCAGGGAAGCCGGGCCUGAGAGGGCAAAAAGGUGAUCGAGGUGAGUCCAAGUCAGGUCUUGUAGCGGCUGAGCGAGGCCUUCCUGGGGGAGUCAGGUUUAGG